AUAACAUAUAAAUGCUCUUGAGAAAUAUUUUCUUAUUUACCAAACAUUGGAUCUAUUUAUGAGAACAAUCCCAAAUUCUCAAAAAUAUCAACAAUCGAAGGAGCAGAGUGCAGAGAGAUGGCUUCUCCUUCUCCUCGUACUAUCCAUGUUGUUGUUUUCCCUUUCAUGUCCAAGGGCCACACAAUUCCUAUCUUCGACCUUGCUCGCUUUCUUCUCUGCCGCAAAAUUUCCAUUACCAUCUUCACCACUCCUGCAAAUCGUCCAUUCUUCUCCAAUUCCCUUUCCGACACCAACAUCAAUAUCAUCGAAAUCCCUUUUCCUCAAAACAUACAAGGAGUUCCACAAGGUGUGGAAAGCACUGAUAAACUUCCAUCCAUGUCCCUUUUUGCUACUUUUGCCAAUGCCACUAAAUUGAUGAAACCCCAUUUUGAAAAGGCCUUGGAAUCUCUUCCCCCAGUUACUUUCAUGAUCACUGAUGGCUUUCUCGGCUGGACUUUAGAUUCUGCAAACAAAUUUGGUAUCCCAAGACUCGUUUAUUUUGGCAUGAAUGCAUUUUCAAGGGUCUUGACGAUUUCAGCUGCUUCAGUUCUUAGGACACAAGUGUCUGAUGAUGAGCUAUUUGAAGUCCCUGAUUUCCCCUGGAUUAAAAUCACUAGGAAUGACUUUGAUUUACCCUUCAGAGACCGGGAACCCAAAGGCCCCCUUUUCGAUUUUGUCAAGGAGCAAUCCACGCCGACCUCUAAAAGCUAUGGUCUACUUGUCAACAGCUUUUACGAGCUUGAAUCUGUUUAUGUAAACUGUUGUAACCGUAUAUCUAGUCCUAAAUCAUGGUGCAUUGGACCUUUAUGUGCGUUUCACGAGCCGGCAAAAGAACAACAGGGAGUCUCAGAGAAACCUUCGUACAUCAAAUGGCUUGAUGGAAUGCUAGAACAGGGGAAGCAAGUUUUAUACGUGGCAUUUGGGACCCAAGCAGAGUUAUCUCCUGACCAAUUCAAGGAAAUCAAAAUUGGGUUGGAGAAAUCCCAAGUGAACUUUUUAUGGGUAGUCAGGAGAACCAUAGAUGAAACUGACGACGAGUUUGAAAACAGAGUAAAAAACAGGGGACUGGUGGUAACAGAGUGGGUUGAUCAAAGAGAAAUCCUGAGCCACGGGAGCGUUGAAGGUUUUCUAAGCCACUGCGGUUGGAAUUCAGUGAUAGAGAGCAUAUGCGCGAAGGUGCCUAUACUGGCAUGGCCAAUGAUGGCAGAUCAACACCUGAAUGCAAGAAUGGUGGUGGAGGUAAUCAAGAUUGGACUAAGGGCCGAGACGUGUGAUGGGUCAGUGAGAGGGUUCGUGAAGUGGGAAGGACUGGAAAAGUCAGCAAAGGAGUUGAUGGAAGGAGAUAAAGGCAAAGAAGCAAGGAAGAAAGUGAAGGAGAUUGGAGAAGCAGCCAUUAAUGCUGUAAAAGAAGGUGGAUCAUCAUGGCAAACGUUGAAUGAGCUGAUUGUAGAGUUGACUGAAAAUAAAAGUGUUUGAAUUGUGAUUUUCUUAUGGGAGUAUUACUAUAUCUUCUUUCAUGAAAUAAAUUUGUGCGUCUUUUAUUCUGUUUUUCGUUUAGCUUGUCAAAAUGGAUUGAGCAGCCCUUUGGAUUUCUGAGGAGGUCAUGUUUGAUCCAAGAUUUGAAGUUUCGGAUUAUCGCAUUUAAAUGCUUUCCAGAAGGUAAGUCAUUUACUAAAGAAAAUGAAGAUCACUUGAAGAAUCAUACAGAACAGAAUGCAUCAGAAUAGAAUUUCAUCUGUUUUAUUUACAAUCUCAUAAUUAAAUGAAGUAAGAGGUAUAUAAAUUAUUAUAGUUCAGUGAUUAAAAAAAAAUUAUACGCAAACACGUGACAUGCAUCUAUUAUUGCUCUCAGUUCACUAAAUGUUCAUAUUUUUGGUAUGCCAUUCUAAGAAAUAUCUAUAUUUCAUUUUCUCUUUUC